UCUCUCUCUCUCUCUCUCUCUGUGCCCAUAAAUACCCCAUCAAAUAUCACUGCCUCUCCAAACUCUCCCCCUACAACAAAACCCUCCUCUCAGUUUUCUCUCUCUCUUUCUCUCUCUCUCUCUCUCUCUCUGUGCACACACAAACCAAACGCUACACAAAGUGUAAGACAGCUAUACUAGAUUAGAAGCCUCAUCUUUCUCUUCUUAGUUUCUACAACCCAUAUCUCUUAGAUUAUUAGAUAUUUGCAGCUCCAAAUUAAGCAAAUUUACAACCAUGGUGGCAGCCUCUCCAAACCCAAUUCACAAUGAAAAGAUCGAGGCCAUUGAGCUCCCCAUCAUCGACCUUUCGGCCGAGAGGUCCCAAGUGAGGAAUCUCAUUGUCAAAGCUUGUGAGGACUACGGUUUCUUCAAGGUCAUCAACCACGGCGUCCCUCAAGACAUUGUAGCCAAACUGGAGGAGCAAAGCCUCAGCUUCUUUGCUAAAACAAUGGCUGAGAAGCAAAUAGCCGGGCCAGCCAUUCCCCUCGGUUAUGGCUGCAAGACCAUAGGCUUCAAUGGUGAUAUGGGAGAGGUUGAAUACCUUUUGUUCAACACAAACCCAAUCUCCAUUGCUCAAAGAUCCAAAACAAUCUCAAAUGAGCCUACCAAAUUCAGCUCCGCAGUGAGUGGGUAUAUUGAAGCAAUGAAGGAUUUGGCAUGUGAGAUUCUGGAUUUGAUUGGUGAGGGAUUGCGGGUCCCAGACACAUCAGUGUUCAGUAGGAUGAUCAGAGACGUCGAAAAUGACUCCUUUUUCAGGCUUAAUCACUACCCACAUCAUGUAAACAAGGACUGCACCAACAACAUAAACAGUAGCUGCAGCAGCAAGGUUGGGUUUGGGGCGCAUAAUGACCCUCAGAUCUUGACCCUCCUCAGAUCCAACGACGUGGGUGGCCUCCAAAUCUCUCCACAAGAUGGGCUGUGGGUCCCUGCUCCUGCUGACCCCACUGCAUUUUGGGUUAAUGUGGGUGACCUGUUGCAGGCGAUGACUAAUGGAAGAUUUGUGAGCGUGAGGCACAGAGCUUUAAACAACUCCUCCAACUCCAAGUCAAGAAUGUCCAUGGCAUAUUUUGCAACUCCACCCCUAAAUGCAUGCAUCAAUGCUCUUCCAGAAAUGGUCACACCAGAGAAGCCUCGUCUCUACAAACCCUUCACUUGGGGUGAGUACAAGAACACUCUUUACUCUCUCCGCCUCGGCGACACCCGGCUUAACCUCUUCAGAGCUUCGACAAACGACGAACUUGCUUCGUAAAUUAAGGCGGGCAGCAAUGGAAAGUAAAAGAAAAUAAAAUAAAGGCAGUGAAAAUAUGAAAGCAGCUUCUAGUCAAGUUGGAUUUUUUUUUCUUUUUCGGGUUUUUCGGGUUGCAGUUUUUCCUAAAGUAUUUCAUACUCAACAGUUCAAGUCAUAGACUUUGUACUUAGAAAUGGGAAAAUGUCGUACUUAAUCAUCAAUGAAAAGAAGAAAAGUUUUUAUCUGAA